CCCGAUCCCGUCGAUACCUAGGUAGUAUCUCCGGCUUCGCUCGACCUACUUUUCCCAGGGCAGGGCAUCCAAAUUCCCAUCCACCUAGUCCUCACUCACUCCCGCCAUCUCGAGUGAGUGGCCAACGUCAACCUCCUUCCGUCAACAAACACCACCCAUCCCUUCUCUUGAUUAUCCAUCUUCUCCCCAUCCACCACCUACAAUAUCUUGUUGACGUUGGUUGUCACUCAUAUCCCUACCUCUGGUCCUGUCCUCUGCUGGUGCUCGUGCUUUUGCUUAUCGCGACAGAAACACAGCAUCCGUGCAGUCUCCUUCUUCCUUCAUCUGACAGGCAAAGGCAUCUUUACUGCCGGCGCUCUUCGCGCUCCUCUUCAAAAAGCCGGCCGCGGGGCCUUACGAGACUGUACUCUUAACUGCCAACCAUGGCUUCCAUUCUACAAGGCGCACACUCCUCAGCAAGUCACGACUUCGAUAGGAUAAUAGAUCAUCGCCAUGACUCCUCCUCGUCCGCCUCUUCCGCCUCUCCGACCCCGAGUGCCUUUCCCACCGUUGCCCAAGACAACACCGCUCCGAACGAACCCGUCGAGAUCACGGCCGCCCAAAAGAUGCUCUCCGCCACAUCCGGCAGUCUACUCACCGGCCUGCUCGUGACUCCCCUCGACGUCGUGCGAGUCCGAUGGCAAUCCCAAUCCUUUACCCGGCCGUCACCAACCGCACAUACCGUUACCGACUUUGCGAAACUAGCCGGCUCACAAAUAUCCAACCCCGCGUUUCGCCCCGCGAACCUCGGCGUGACCGCCUGCUGCCGCGAAGUCUUCUUUGCCAACAAUUCGGAAGGAUGCAUCGUCGCCACCGGGCCGCGCAUCGGCUCUGGUGCUAUCACUGCUAGUGCUAUCCCCUGCGCAGUCGAAGAGACAAAGCAACGAAACUUCAACUCCACCCUCGACGGUCUCCGCAAGAUCGCCCGCAACGAAGGCUUUACCUCGCUCUGGCGGGGGCUUUCUCCAACCCUGCUAAUGGCCAUUCCAGCCAACAUCAUCUACUUCACCGGCUACGAGUGGCUGCGCUUUAACCCUUCCAGUCCCAUCCAGCAAACCGUCAAGGAGGAGUAUGCAGCUCUGGUAGCCGGUGCGGGCGCUCGCAUCCUUGCCGCUACAGCCGUCGGGCCUAUCGAGCUAUUCCGCACUCGUAUGCAGGCUUCCCCCGGCAGCACGACGGGGUCACACCUCACUCAUACCUUUAGGGGGAUCAAGGACAUGGUUUACGCGCACGGCUACCGCUCGCUCUGGAGGGGUUUGACACUCACCCUCUGGCGUGACGUACCCUUUUCCGGCAUGUAUUGGUGGGGAUACGAGACAAUUCGAGGAAAGUUGACGGAUGCGCGCGAGGCUCGCUCUAGGGGACGUGGCAGGACACUUGACCUCGAUUCUGAAGAGCGCCACAGAGUUCGUCGGAGGUCUCAAUCAAGGGAAAACCACGCCGAGACCUUUACCGACAGCUUCAUUGCCGGCGCGUUAUCCGGAGCCUUCGCCAGCGUGGCCACCAUGCCUUUCGAUGUCGGCAAGACAAGGACACAGGUCUACCGCGACACCGGCGCUGCAACAAAGGCUGCUAUUGCGGUGACGAUGGAGAAAAGCGCCGUGAGACCGGAAGAGAGGAACAUGGCAAGACUGCUGUGGCAUAUUUUCUCCACGGAAGGCGUCGCCGGUCUCUUCAGGGGAUGGAUACCGCGCACUCUCAAGGUCGCGCCGGCGUGUGCCAUAAUGAUUAGCAGUUAUGAGGUCGGAAAGAGGGCCUUCAGGGGGAUGAAUGAGCGGGCAGCCAUGAAGGAGCGAGAGGAGCUCGCGCAGCAGGGACAGCAACAGGAGCAAUCGGAUGAGGAGGCUUGAGAGGAGGCUCUUCAUUGCUUUGGUUGAUAUGUGUCCCUGCAUUUGAGGACGAGUAGUAAUUCUUGGGUUGGGGUUGUCUCUCUUCUCUUCUCUUCUCUUCUGUUCUCUUCUCUUGUGUCCUUUUUUAUUCCCCUCAAGGGUUUGUUCGUUUGUUCCUACCUACCAAUACCUCUUCCCUCCACAACUUUGCAUCUCGGAGUUCAAUGUUUCUCUCUUCUUUUUUAUUUUUGUAUGUAACUUUUUUUAAGGGUGGUGGCGGCCACGGUCUCAAACUUUUUUUUCGUCGUAGCAUGUUUGGCGUUUUAGAGAGUUCUUUAGACGUGGGACGGAAUGGGGGGAGAGCGAGGCAAUGCAAUGGGACAAAAAGUUAGUUUAAUGUCUUCUCUCACACCACAACCUUUCUUUAAGUCCCUCCCUCUACUUUUUUCUCUUUGGUCUAGAAAUGGUGGUGUGUGCUGUACAAGUUUUGUGUGUAGCGUGUCUGUCAGUAUGUGUAUUGUAUGUGUAUAUGUUAGCGGCUCGAAUCCCAUACUACCUUCGUCCC